AUGAAUAGUAACGUGGGUCUGGAGGAUUGUGACGUGAUGUAGUCUGUCUCUCUUUCCUGACUGACUGACUGGGUGUGAAUCUGACUGGAACAUGCAUGGACACAAAAGUAACUAACUUAGUGGCUAGGGAUCAUUCUCUAUUAAGACAGAAGCAAGUCUAGCAGAGGACUGGAUCAUUCUCUAUUAAGACAGUAGCACGUCUAGCAGAGGACUGGAUCAUUCUCUAUUAAGACAGACAGUGGCAUGUCAAGCAUGGGGGGACUGUAUGAUGACAGGCUUGGUAUAGAUGGACUGUAUGAUGACAGGCUUGGUAUAGAGGGACUGUAUGAUGACAGGCUUGGUAUAGAUGGACUGUAUGAUGACAGGCUUGGUAGAGAUGGACUGUAUGAUGACAGGCUUGGUAUAGGAGGGACUGUAUGAUGACAGGCUUGGUAUAGAGGGACUGUAUGAUGACAGGCUUGGUAUAGAGGGACUGUAUGAUGACAGGCUUGGUAUAGAUGGACUGUAUGAUGACAGGCUUGGUAUGGAUGGACUGUAUGAUGACAGGCUUGGUAUAGAGGGACUGUAUGAUGACAGGCUUGGUAUAGGUGGACUGUAUGAUGACAGGCUUGGUAUAGAGGGACUGUAUGAUGACAGGCUUGGUAUAGAUGGACUGUAUGAUGACAGGCUUGGUAUAGAUGGACUGUAUGAUGACAGGCUUGGUAUAGAUGGACUGUAUGAUGACAGGCUUGGUAUAGAGGGACUGUAUGAUGACAGGCUUGGUAUAGAUGGACUAUAUGAUGACAGGCUUGGUAUAGAGGGACUGUAUGAUGACAGCUUGGCAUAGAUGGACUGUAUGAUGACAGGCUGGUAUAGAGGGAUGUAUGAUGACAGGCUGGUAUAGAGGGACUGUAUGAUGACAGGCUUGGUAUUAGGUGGACGUAUGAUGCAGGCUUGGUAUAGAGGGACUGUAUGAUGACAGGCUUGUAUAGAGGGACGUAUGAUGACAGGCUGGAUAGAUGGACUGUAUGAUGACAGGCUUGGAUAGAUGGACUGUAUGAUGACAGGCUUGGUAUAGAGGGACUGUAUGAUGACAGGCUUGGUAUAGAUGGGACUUAUGAUGACAGGCUUGGUAUAGAGGGACUGUAUGAUGACAGGUUUGGGUAUAGAUGGACUGUAUGAUGACAGGCUUGGUAUAGAGGGACUGUAUGAUGACAGGCUUGGUAUAGAUGGACUGUAUGAUGACAGGCUUGGUAUAGAGGGACUGUAUGAUGACAGGCUUGGUAUAGAUGGACUGUAUGAUGACAGGCUUGGUAUAGAGGGACUGUAUGAUGACAGGCUUGGUAUAGAUGGACUGUAUGAUGACAGGCUUGGUAUAGAGGGACUGUAUGAUGACAGGCUUGGUAUAGAUGGACUGUAUGAUGACAGGCUUGUAUAGAGGACUGUAUGAUGACAGGCUUGGUAUAGAUGGACUGUAUGAUGACAGGCCUUGGUAUAGAGGGACGUAUGAGACAGGCUUGGUAUAGAGGACUGUAUUGAUGACAGGCUUGGUAUAGAGGGACUGUAUGAUGACAGGCUUGGUAUAGAUGGACUGUAUGAUGACAGGCUUGGUAUAGAGGGACUGUAUGAUGACAGGCUUGGUAUAGAUGGACUGUAUGAUGACAGGCUUGGUAUAGAGGGACUGUAUGAUGCAGGGAUUGGUAUAGAUGGACGGUAUGAUGGAGGCUGGUAUAGAGGGACUGUAUGAUGACAGGCUUGGUAUAGAGGACUGUAUGAUGACAGUCUUGGUAUAGAUGGACUGUAUGAUGACAGGCUUGGUAUAGAUGACUGUAUGAUGACAGGCUGGUAUGAUGACAGGCUUGGUAUAGAUGGGACUGUAUGAUGACAGGCUUGGUAUAGAGGGACUGUAUGAUGACAGGCUUGGUAUAGAGGGACUGUAUGAUGACAGGCUUGGUAUAGAGGGACUGUAUGAUGACAGGCUUGGUAUAGAGGGACUGUAUGAUGACAGGCUUGGUAUAGAUGGACUGUAUGAUGACAGGCUUGGUAGCAGACAGAUAUACUGUAAGUACUGUAUUGUAGUAGUGGCAUUAUAGGUAUUGUAUAGUAGUAGUACUAGUAUUGUAGUGUGCAGUACUAGUAUUGUAGUAGUGUGUACUAGAUGGUAGUAGUGCAGCCCUAGUAUGUAGUAGUGUAGUACUAGAUUGUAGUAGUGCAGUCCUAGUAUUGCAGUGUGUAGUAUAGUAUGUAGUAGUGCAGUCCUAGUAGUGUAGUAGUGCAGUACUAGUUUUGUAGUAGGCAGUCCGAGUAUUGUAGUAGUUGCAGUACUAGUAUUGUAGUAGUGAGUCCUAGUAUUGUAGUAGUGUAGUACUAGUAUGUAGUAGUGCAGUCUAGUAUUGUAGUAGUGAAGUAUAGAUUGUAGUAGUGCAGUCUAGUAUUAGUGAGUGUAGUAGUACUAGUUUUGGGUAGUAGUGGCAGUCCAGUUUGUAGUGAUGAGUACUAGUAUGGUAGUAGUCAGGUACUAGUUUUGUAGUAAGUGUAGUACUAGAGUGUAGUAGUGUAUACUAGGUUUGGUAGUAGUGUAGUACUAGUAUGUAGUGUGUAGUACUAGUAUUGGUAGUAGUGCAGUACUAGAUUGUAGUAGUGCAUAUAGUAUUGUAUAGUGCAGGUACUAGUAUGUAGUAGGGGCAGUAUAGUAUUGUAGUAGUGCAGAACUAGUAUGUAGUAGUGCAGUACUAUUUAUUGUAGUAGGCAGUACUAGUAUUGAGUAGGCAGUAUAGAUUGUAGUAGUGCAGGUUAUAGUAUUGUAGUGGGUGCAGUACUAGUAUUGUAUAGUGCAGACUGGGUAUUGUAGUAUGUGCAGUACUAGUAUUGUAGUAGUGCAGUACUAGUAUUGUAGUAGUGCAGUACUAGUAUUGUAGUAGUGUAGUACUAGUAUUGUAGUAGUGUAGUACUAGUAUUGUAGUAGUGUAGUACUAGUAUUGUAGUAGUGUAGUACUAGUAUUGUAGUAGUGCAGUACUAGUAUUGUAGUAGUGCAGUACUAGUAUUGUAGUAGUGCAGUUACUAGUAUUGUAGUAGUGUAGUACUAGUAUUGUAGUAGUGUAGUACUAGUAUUGUAGUAGUGUAGUACUAGUAUUGUAGUAGUGCAGUACUAGUAUUGUAGUAGUGCAGUACUAGUAUUGUAGUAGUGCAGUCCUAGUAUUGUAGUAGUGUAGUACUAGUAUUGUAGUAGUGCAGUCCUAGUAUUGUAGUAGUGUAGUACUAGUAUUGUAGCAGUGCAGUACUAGUAUUGUAGUAGUAUAGUACUAGUAUUGUCUGAGUGGAUGGUUCUACUAUAGAUGUAGUCCUGAAGGAACAUGUACGAUGCCUCCACAACACACCACAUCCUAACAAUAUCAGGAUGUUGCAUGAACAUGACAUCCGCGGUGAAUAUCAUGUAGUGUGGACGCAGCUUAAAUCCCAUCUAUCUAACAGGUAGUGGACGCAGCUUAAAUCCCAUCUAUCUAACAGGUAGUGGACACAGCUUAAAUCCCAUCUAUCUAACAGGUAGUGGACACAGCUUAAAUCCCAUCUAUCUAACAGGUAGUGGACGCAGCUUAAAUCCCAUCUAUCUAACAGGUAGUGGACACAGCUUAAAUCCCAUCUAUCUAACAGGUAGUGGACGCAGCUUAAAUCCCAUCUAUCUAACAGGUAGUGGACACAGCUUAAAUCCCAUCUAUCUAACAGGUAGUGGACACAGCUUAAAUCCCAUCUAUCUAACAGGUAGUGGACACAGCUUAAAUCCCAUCUAUCUAACAGGUAGUGGAUGCAGCUUAAGUCCCAUCUAUCUAACAGGUAGUGGACACAGCUUAAAUCCCAUCUAUCUAACAGGUAGUGGACACAGCUUAAAUCCCAUCUAUCUAACAGGUAGUGGAUGCAGCUUAAGUCCCAUCACCAGGAACAUCACAUGACAGGUGGUCCUGAGAGAACAUGUAAGACACCUCCACCAUCUAUCUACUAACAGGUGGUGGAUGCAGCUUAAGUCCCAUCACCAGGAACAUCACAUGACAGGUGGUCCUGAGAGAACAUGUAAGAUACCUCCACCAUCUAUCUAUCUAACAGGUAGUGGAUGCAGCUUAAGUCCCACAUCAAGGAACUGCAUGUGGUCAACACCACCACUAAAGACCCUGACCAUCCCUGUAGACACCACUACUAACCCAUCCCUGUAGACACCACUACUAACCCAUCCCUGUAGACACCACUACUAACCCAUCCCUGUAGACAACCAUCUAACCCAUCCUGUAGACAGCAACAACCCAUCCGUGAACCCAUACUACCAGAUCCCUGUAGAACCACUACUAACCCAUCCCUGUAGACACCACUACUAACCCCACCUGUAGACACCACUACUAACCAUCCUGUAGACACAUACUAACCCAUCCCGUAGAACCAUACUAACCCCCCUGUAUACACCACGACUAACCCUCUGUAGACACCACUACUAACCCAUCCCCGUAGACACACUACAACCCCUCCCUGUAGACACUACUACUAAACACCCACCUGUAAUACACACACUAACCAUCCCUGUAGACACCACUACUAACCCAUCCCUGUAGACACCACUACUAACCCAUCCCUGUAGACACCACUACUAACCCAUCCCUGUAGACACCACUACUAACCCAUCCCUGUAGACACCACUACUAACCCAUCCCUGUAGACACCAUAAACCCUCACCUGUAGACACAUACAACCCAUCCGUAGGCACCACUACAACCAUCCCUGUAGACACCAUACUAACCCAUCCCUGUAGACACCACUACUAACCCAUCCCUGUAGACACCACUACUAACCCAUCCCUGUAGACACCACUACUAACCCAUCCCUGUAGACACCACUACUAACCCAUCCCUGUAGACACCAGUCCUACCCUCCCCACCCUCAACCCAAACCCUCCUAACCCAGCCCAAACUGGCCUCAUCCCCAUUCCAACCAGUAGCCCACCCACAUCAUGACAUUAUGCUACUGAGGAUGGAGAGAUGAGGGAUCCAGCCCUGACCGUGUUGCUAUGCUGACUAGAGCUGUGUGCUGGUCUAGCUAGUAGUUCCAGUUUCUAUCACCACACCAGGCAGAUACAGAGAGCAGCUAACUAACAGGUGGGCUGUAGAUCGUAUGACCGGUCAGGAAAGGAGACGAGAGAGGAGAGCGUUUCUUGGGAUACCCCUUAGGGAACCAGUGGAGUCCCGCCAACAGCCAGCCUACAAAUACAACCAAUUCUCCUGGCCUAUUAGAAACCUCCCUAGCACUAGAAUGAUACUGACUGACACUGGAAAGUUGAACCUGUCAUCUGGACGGAAAGCUUGUACUCUCUCGCCAUAAUAAUGUCUUGAUUCAGUUAUGUUUAUCACCCAUAUAUGUAUGGUAUAGUGGAGGUUACAGUAUGUAUGGUAUAGUGGAGGUUACAGUAUGUAUGGUAUAGUGGAGGUUACAGUAUGUAUGGUAUAGUGGAGGUUACAGUAUGUAUGGUAUAGUGGAGGUUACAGUAUGUAUGGUAUAGUGGAGGUUACAGUAUGUAUGGUAAUAGUCUCCCUGCCCCACUCCCCCGUGUUUCCCUUUGAGAUGUGCUGAGAAGGAGAGGACAAACAGUAAAAGGACGAGACAGACGACCUCUAACCCUAACCCUGGGGGUCAUUAGGGGUCACUAAGGGUCAAACAGGUCAUGGUGCUGCUGCUGCUGCUCCAGCCGAUUGUUGAAGAGGUCGAUCUCUCUGUUGGCCUCCUCAACAUACUCCGCUAUGAACUGGUCCAUUUCUGCAGGGGCUUAAUGUAAGGACAGCUAAACCAACGAUAGUAGGUCUGUAUAAGAUGCUAUGGUUUUACAAUGGUUGUGUUGAGGACAGACAGUAGCGAUAAAAGGAUACGUGGAUGGAAGUUGUUCUUUUCUCCAAAGAAACUGACAUACUGUUGUCCAUUGUAGAAGAAGCCUGGAGGUAAAGGGUCCAGAUGUCUCUUCACCUGAACACAGAAACACACAGACAGACAGACAGGCAGGUAGACAGACAGACAGGCAGGUAGACAGGCAGACAGACAGACAGGUAGACAGGCAGACAGACAGACAGGUAGACAGGCAGACAGACAGGCAGACAGACAGGUAGACAGACAGGCAGGUAGACAGACAAACAGACAGACAUACAGGCAGACAGACAGGCAGGCAGGUAGACAGGCAGGCAGGUAGACAGACAAACAGACAGGCAGGUAGACAGACAAACAGACAGGCAGGUAGACAGGCAGGCAGGUAGACAGACAAACAGACAGGCAGGUAGACAGACAAACAGACAGACAGACAGGCAGACAGACAGGCAGGUAGACAGACAAACAGACAGGCAGACAGACAAACAAACAGACAGACAGACAGGCAGACAGACAGGCAGGUAGACAGACAAACAGACAGACAGACAGACAGGCAGACAGACAGGCAGGUAGGUAGACAGACAAACAGGCAGGUAGACAGACAGACAGGCAGGUAGACAGACAGGCAGGUAGACAGACAGACAUACAGGCAGACAGACAGGCAGGUAGACAGACAAACAGACAGACAGACAGACAGGCAGGCAGACAGACAGGCAGGUAGACAGACAAACAGACAGACAGGUAGACAGACAAACAGACAGGCAGGCAGACAGGUAGACAGGCAGACAGACAGGCAGGUAGACAGACAAACAGACAGGCAGGUAGACAGACAAACAGACAGGCAGGUAGACAGACAGGCAGACAGACAGACAGGUAGACAGGCAGACAGACAGGCAGGUAGACAGACAGGCAGGUAGACAGACAAACAGACAGGCAGGUAGACAGACAAACAGACAGACAGACAGACAGACAGGCAGACAGACAGGCAGACAGACAGGCAGACAGACAGACAGGCAGACAGACAGACAGACAGGCAGACAGACAGGCAGACAGACAGACAGACAGGCAGGCAGGCAGGCAGUUAGACAGACAGACAGGCAGGUAGACAGACAAACAGACAGACAGGCAGACAGGCAGGCAGACAGACAUGUAGACAGGUAGACAGGCAGACAGACAGGCAGGUAGACAGACAAACAGACAGACAGGCAGACAGACAGACAGACAGACAGGCAGUUAGACAGACAGACAGGCAGGUAGACAGGCAGACAGACAGACAGGCAGGUAGACAGACAGGCAGGUAGACAGACAAACAGACAGGCAGGUAGACAGACAGGCAGGUAGACAGACAGGCAGGUAGACAGACAAACAGACAGGCAGGUAGACAGACAGGCAGGUAGACAGACAGGCAGGUAGCCAGACAGACAGACAGGUUGACAGACAGGCAGUUAGACAGACAGACAGGCAGGCAAGUUGACAGACAGGCAGGCAGUUAGACAGACGGACAGGCGGGUAAAGAGAGAUGAUAUAUUAUAUAUGAUAUUAGAGGAACACUCACAUGGAUGUUCCUGAUCUCCUGAGGAGAGAGGCUCAUCUGGGUCCUCUUCACCUUCCUCACCUCCUUCUGAAAACAAGACAACACCAAGAUGACUAUAUUACCUCUGAUGUUAGUGACAAUAACAUCACCGUCUGCAACUUGUCUACAGCAGAUGGUCAGUUAGAUGGUCAGUUAGAUGGUCAGUUCAGUUAGAUGGUCAGUUCAGUUAGAUGGUCAGUUAGAUGGUCAGUUAGAUGGUCAGUUCAGUUAGAUGGUCAGUUAGAUGGUCAGUUAGAUGGUCAGUUCAGUUAGAUGGUCAGUUAGAUGGUCAGUUAGAUGGUCAGUUAGAUGGUCAGUUCAGUUAGAUGGUCAGUUAGAUGGUCAGUUAGAUGGUCAGUUAGAUGGUCAGUUAGAUGGUCAGUUCAGUUAGAUGGUCAGUUAGAUGGUCAGUUCAGUUAGAUGGUCAGUUCAGUUAGAUGGUCAGUUAGUUGGUCAGUUCAGUUAGAUGGUCAGUUAGAUGGUCAGUUAGAUGGUCAGUUCAGUUAGAUGGUCAGUUCAGUUAGAUGGUCAGUUAGUUGGGUUAGUUGGUCAGUUAGAUGGUCAGUUAGAUGGUCAGUUAGAUGGUCAGUUCAGUUAGAUGGUCAGUUAGAUGGUCAGUUCAGUUAGAUGGUCAGUUCAGUUAGAUGGUCAGUUCAGUUAGAUGGUCAGUUAGAUGGUCAGUUCAGUUAGAUGGUCAGUUCAGUUAGAUGGUCAGUUUCAGUUAGAUGGUCAGUUCAGUUAGAUGGUCAGUUCAGUUAGAUGGUCAGUUAGAUGGUCAGUUAGAUGGUCAGUUAGAUGGUCAGUUAGAUGGUCAGUUAGUUGGUCAGUUCAGUUAGAUGGUCAGUUCAGUUAGAUGGUCAGUUCAGUUAGAUGGUCAGUUAGAUGGUCAGUUAGAUGGUCAGUUAGUUGGUCAGUUCAGUUAGAUGGUCAGUUCAGUUAGAUGGUCAGUUAGAUGGUCAGUUAGUCAGUGUUGUACCUGUUUUACACAGAACCUCAGCCAGUCCUUCAGGGCCUCCUGUGUCAAUCCCACUCCAUGGAACACCAGGAAGCAUCCAGAGGGCUCCUGGUCUCCCUGGUGGCUGUCCCCCAGGGGCUGCUGGGUGAUACAGAGGUUCCCACUCACAGUGUUGUAGCUCACCUCCAUCAUCCUCUCAGAGUCUGGAGAAGAACAUGGAGAUAUAUCAGCAUCUCACUGACCUGUCUGAUGGUCUAAUGCCUGGUCUGAUGGUCUAAUGCCUGGUCUGAUGGACCUACCACUGUGGCAGCUACAUAUACCAGACAGCAUGCUGAGGAUAAGGAGGGGUUCAGUGCUACAACAUCCAUCUAUCCAUGAUCCAACUCCAGAAUGACUCAAACAACAUGGACCAUUCAAUGGAAGACAUGAACAAACAAAAUCAAUGCAACUAGUGUAAUUCAAUGGACGGUAACUUAAAAUUCACAGAAACUAGUAAGGAACACGCCUAGGACCAUCAGCUACAGAAUCAUUCAACCUCCACAUUUCAGACAUCUGCUCUCUCAGACAUCUGCUCUCUCAGACAUCUGCUCUCUCAGACAUCUGCUCUCUCUUCAUUCUGCUCUCGCUCCUCAUUCAACAACAUCACAUAAACAUCUGUAUGAAUAAAGUGAAGAGAAACUAAUCAACCAAACUAAACCAGUGGCCCCCUGUAGCUCAGUUGGUAGAGCAGGGCUCAGUUGGUAGAGCAGGGCUCAGUUGGUAGAGCAGGGUUCAGUUGGUAGAGCAGGGCUCAGUUGGUAGAGCAGGGCUCAGUAGGUAGAGCAGGGCUCAGUUGGUAGAGCAGGGCUCAGUAGGUAGAGCAGGGCUCAGUUGGUAGAGCAGGGCUCAGUUGGUAGAGCAGGGCUCAGUUGGUAGAGCAGGGCCCAGUUGGUAGAGCAGGGCCCAGUUGGUAGAGCAGGGCUCAGUUGGUAGAGCAGGGCUCAGUAGGUAGAGCAGGGCUCAGUAGGUAGAGCAGGGCUCAGUUGGUAGAGCAGGGCUCAGUUGGUAUAGCAGGGCUCAGUUGGUAGAGCAGGGCUCAGUAGGUAGAGCAGGGCUCAGUUGGUAGAGCAGGGCUCAGUUGGUAGAGCAGGGCCUUUGCAACACCAGGGUUGUGGGUUCGUUUCCCACGGGGGGCCAGUAUGAAAAUUUAUGCACUCACUAACUGUAAGUCGCUCUGGAUAAGAGCGUCUGCUAAAUGACUAAAAUGUAAAAUGUUAAAAUGUUAGUGAAGUUAACCAAAUUAAACCAGUGGAGAGUGAAGUUAACCAAACUAAACCAGUGGUUAGUGAAGUUAACCAAACUAAACCAGUGGAGAGUGAAGUUAACCAAACUAAACCAGUGGAGAGUGAAGUUAACCAAACUAAACCAGUGGAGAGUGAAGUUAACCAAACUAAACCAGUGGAGAGUGAAGUUAACCAAACUAAACCAGUGGAGAGUGACGUUAACCAAACUAAACCAGUGGAGAGUGACGUUAACCAAACUAAACCAGUGGGAGAGUGACGUUAACCAAACUAAACCAGUGGAGAGUGAAGUUAACCAAACUAAACCAGUGGAGAGUGAAGUUAACCAAACUAAACCAGUGGAGAGUGACGUUAACCAAACUAAACCAGUGGAGAGUGACGUUAACCAAACUAAACCAGUGGAGAGUGACGUUAACCAAACUAAACCAGUGGAGAGUGACGUUAACCCAACUAAACCAGUGGAGAGUGACGUUAACCAAACUAAACCAAUGGAGAGUGACGUUAACCAAACUAAACCAGUGGAGAGUGACGUUAACCAAACUAAACCAGUGGAGAGUGAAGUUAACCAAACUAAACCAGUGGAGAGUGAAGUUAACCAAACUAAACCAGUGGAGAGUGAAGUUAACCAAACUAAACCAGUGGAGAGUGAAGUUAACCAAACUAAACCAGUGGAGAGUGAAGUUAACCAAACUAAACCAGUGGAGAGUGAAGUUAACCAAACUAAACCAGUGGAGAGUGGAGUUAACCAAACUAAACCAGUGGAGAGUGACGUUAACCAAACUAAACCAAUGGAGAGUGAAGUUAACCAAACUAAACCAGUGGAGAGUGAAGUUAACCAAACUAAACCAGUGGAGAGUGAAGUUAACCAAACUAAACCAGUGGAGAGUGAAGUUAACCAAACUAAACCAGUGGAGAGUGAAGUUAACCAAACUAAACCAGUGGAGAGUGAAGUUAACCAAACUAAACCAGUGGAGAGUGAAGUUAACCAAACUAAACCAGUGGAGAGUGAAGUUAACCAAACUAAACCAGUGGAGAGUGAAGUUAACCAAACUAAACCAGUGGAGAGUGAAGUUAACCAAACUAAAACCAGUGGAGAGUGACGUUAACCAAACUAACCAGUGGAGAGUGAAGUUAACCAAACUAAACCAGUGGAGAGUGACGUUAACCAAACUAAACCAGUGGAGAGUGAAGUUAACCAAACUAAACCAGUGGAGAGUGAAGUUAACCAAACUAAACCAGUGGAGAGUGACGUUAACCAAACUAAACCAGUGGAGAGUGAAGUUAACCAAACUAAACCAGUGGAGAGUGACGUUAACCAAAACUAAAACCAGUGGAGAGUGAAGUUAACCAAACUAAACCAGUGGGAGAGUGAAGUUAACCAAACUAAACCAGUGGAGAGUGAAGUUAACCAAACUAAACCAGUGGAGAGUGAAGUUAACCAAAACUAAACCAGUGGAGAGUGACGUUAACCAAACUAAACCAGUGGAGAGUGAAGUUAACCAAACUAACCAGUGGAGAGUGAAGUUAACCAAACUAAACCAGUGGAGAGUGAAGUUAACCAAACUAAACCAGUGGAGAGUGAAGUUAACCAAACUAAACCAGUGGAGAGUGAAGUUAACCAAACUAAACCAGUGGAGAGUGACGUUAACCAAACUAAACCAGUGGAGAGUGAAGUUAACCAAACUAAACCAGUGGAGAGUGAAGUUAACCAAACUAAACCAGUGGAGAGUGAAGUUAACCAAACUAAACCAGUGGAGAGUGAAGUUAACCAAACUAAACCAGUGGAGAGUGAGACAGUUAACCAAACUAAACCAGUGGAGAGUGAAGUUAACCAAACUAAACCAGUGGAGGGUGAAGUUAACCAAACUAAACCAGUGGAGAGUGAAGGAGCUCAACUCUUAAAGAACAGUUUCCUACCCUCAGCUGGUGCUGCCUGCCUUGAGGGCAAACAUUUAUCUUAUAACAACCACAACUGGGAAUGCAAGUACAGGUUAAAUAUUGACAUUCAUUUAGUAUUACAGAAGACAUCUGAAAUAAUACCUGUAUGAUUAUUGAUAAGUAGUACAAUAAUACCUGUAUGAUUAUUGAUAAGUAGUACAACUAAACACGUCUACUCAUCCAUCACCAUUAGAGUGGUGUUGUGUUCUGUAUAUUGUCAGUGAGUGAGAAUAACAGAGACCCUACCAGAGAAGAGGACCUUCCCCCAGAUGUUGUAGACAUUUCCUCUGAAAGGGUUUGGACUCAGAGCUGACUUGAAGGCUAGGGGGCAGAGAGAGACUGGUAGGAUAUCAAACUGUAUAAAAUAUUUUACUGCAUCAUAUACAUGGUUAAGCAUUGUAUUGUACACUAUAUAGAUCCUCAAAAAGUUAUACAGCUGCACCAUUGAGAGCAUAUUGACUAGAUGCAUCACCGCUUGGUAUGACAACUGCUCGGCAUCCGACCGCAAGGCGCUAUAGAAGGUAGUGUGUACGGCCCAGUACAUCACUGGGGCCGAGCUCCCUGCGAUCCAGGACCUCUAUACCAGGCGGUGUCAGAGGAAGACCCUAAAAAUUGUCAAAGACCACCCAAGUCAUAGACUGUUCUCUCUGCUACCGCACGGCAAGCGGUACCGGAGCGCCAACUCUAGGACCAAAAGGUUCCUUAACAGUUUCUACCCCCAAGCCAUUAGACUGCUGAACAGUUCAUGGCUACCCAGACUAUUAGCAGUUUCUACCCCCAAGCCAUUAGACUGCUGAACAGUUCAUGGCUACCCAGACUAUUAGCAGUUUCUACCCCCAAGCCAUUAGACUGCUGAACAGUUCAUGGCUACCUGGACUAUUUACAUUUACCCCUUUUUUUAUUUAAUGACAUUCUUGCACUGGCUCCAUGCACACUCACUCACACAUACUACACUGCCACUACAACCCACACACACUACAUACGCUCACAUACACACAGACACACUUUAACACAUCCUGCUCCUCUCUGUUUAUUAUCUAUGCCUAGUCUCUUUACUCCUACAUGUUAACUCCACUACCUGGUACCCUGCACAUUGACUUGGUAGUUCUGGUACAUCUAGUCUAUGGUCUCCUUAUCUAUUUAUUUUCUUUCUUACUUUUUAACUCGGCUUUGUUGGUUAAGGGCUUGUAAGUAAGCAUUUCACGGUAAGGUCUACUACACCUGUUGUAUUCAGCACGUGACAAAUACCAUUUGAUAUAAUUAAAUCAUUCCAAUUCUAUUGUACUGGGAAUCUUUUAGGAAGGUGUGCCAUGUCAUGACACCUCAGACUCCAUAUUAGGAGAGAAUGGUCUUUAUGGGUUCCACUUUAUUGAUUGAUGUAAUUAUUAGGAGGUUCUUACCUUUACAGUGUGUCAGAAACAGAGGUCUCUCCAGGGGAAGGCUGAACAUCACACACUGGUGGACCAGAGACAGGGACCCACAGCCACUGCUGAACCGGCCCUUACACCUGACAGACACACAUUAAACCUUGUGACGGGCAUUCAUGCAUGCUGCAUUGAGUAGGUCAAAAGGAGUCUCAGAGAAUCCCUCUAAUAGCAGAUAAUAGCAAGCUCUCAGCAGAUACCCUGUGUUUGAGCUGCUUUUAGAACCAGUUCUAAUGAGGCAAGCUGACCAAUGAGGUGACGUCUGGUGUAUAAAUGGACUGGUCCAGAGGUAGAGAGGCCAGCCAGUCUGUGUCCAUGGCAACCGCCUGGCCAACAGCUUGGUAGUGGUCUGCUACAGUAGGAGAGGGCAGACUGGUAGUGGUCUGCUGCAGUAGGAGAGGGCAGACUGGUAGUGGUCUGCUACAGUAGGAGAGGGCAGACUGGUAGUGGUCUGCUACAGUAGGAGAGGGCAGACUGGUAGUGGUCUGCUACAGUAGGAGAGGGCAGACUGGUAGUGGUCUGCUACAGUAGGAGAGGGCAGACUGGUAGUGGUCUGCUACAGUAGGAGAGGGCAGACUGGUAGUGGUCUGCUGCAAUAGGAGAGGGCAGACUGGUAGUGGUCUGCACUGAUGUAACGCUAGCUAGAGAUCAACAGCAAUGAUGGGUCCUUGAUCAGACUGACAGGUUAUGAUAGAAGCUAAUGAGGGGUCAAUGAUCAAACUGACAGGUUAUGAUAGAAGCUAAUGAGGGGUCAAUGAUCAGACUGACAGGUUAUGAUAGAAGCUAAUGAGGGGUCAAUGAUCAGACUGACAGGUUAUGAUAGAAGCUAAUGAGGGGUCAAUGAUCAGACUGACAGGUUAUGAUAGAAGCUGAGCUCUCAAGGCCUUGUAUGGAGAGAGGAAACACCACUGAGCUCAGCAGCAGGGGUUGACAUUAAAUAGCAAUUCCACCACUUUUCAACUUCAUGUUCAUCAUCUCCAGCACCAUACCAGUGUCUACAUAUGUGAAAACAGCACGUUUCUAUGAUCUACGGCAAGCGGUACCGGAGCGCCAAUUCUAGGACCAAAAGGCUCCUUAACAGCUUCUACCCCCAAGCCAUAAGACUGCUGAACAAUUCAUUCAAAUGGCCACCUGGACUAUUUGCAUUGACCCCCCCCCCCCCCCCACCUUGUUUUUACACUGCUGCUACUCUGUUUAUUAUCAGUACAUAGUCACUUUACCCCUCCCUACAUGUACAAACUACCUCCACUAACCUGUACCCCCGCAUAUUGACUGGGUACCGGUACCUCCUGUAUAUAGCCUCAUUAUUGUUAUUUUAUUGUGUUAUUUUAUUUUUUACUUUAGUUUAUUUAGUAAAUAUUAUCUUAACUCUAUUUCUUGAACUGCAUUGUUGGUUAAGGGCUUGUAAGGAAGCAUUUCACGGUAAGGUCUACACCUGUUGUAUUCGGCGCAUGUGACAAAUAAAAUGUGAUUUGAUUUGAUCUGUGGUUAAAAAGAUAAGGUCCUAAAAAAGGCUUCUCUGUAACAUCACAGGGUAGGAUUAAAAGUUUCUAGCCAGAGAGAGGGUAUUUUUGCUCCCCACGUCACCGCGAAACUCAGUGUUUGAAAAUCAUUUUAUUUUCAAAUUAUUUUUACUUUUGAUGAUGUCAUCGCGUAGAACUAUUCAACUUUAUAUAUGUUUUCACAUUUGUAGACGCUGGUAUUGUGCUGGAGAUAAUGAACAUGAGGUUGAAAAGUGGUGCAAAUCUCUUAAAGCUCAACACAUACAAUACAUGACCAAAAGUAUGUGGACACGUGCUCGUCAAAGACCUCAUUCCAAAAUCAUGGGUAUUAAUAUGGAGUCGGUCCCCCCCUUUGCUGCUAUAACAGCCUCCACUCUUCUGGGAAGGCUUUCCACUAGAUGUUGGAACAUUGCUGUGGGGACUUGCUUCCAUUCAGCCACAAGAGCAUUAGUGAGGUCGGGCACUGAUGUUGGGAGAUUAGGCCUGGCUCGCAGUCAGCGUUCCAAUUCAUCCCAAAGGUGUUCAAUGGGGUUGAGGUCAGGGCUCUGUGCAGGCCAGUCAAGUUCUUCCACACUGAUCUCAACAAACCACUUGGGAGGCUCAACAAACCAUUUCUGUAUAGACCUCGUGCACGGGGGCAUUGUCAUGCUGAAACAGGAAAGAGCCUUCCCCAAACUGUUGCCACAAAGUUGGAAACACAGAAUCGUCUAGAAUGUCACUGUAUGAUGUAGCGUUAAGAUUUCCCUUCAUUGGAACUAAGGGGCCUAGCCCGAACCAUGAAAAACAGCCCCUGACCAUUAUUCCGCCUCCACCAAACUUUACAGUUGGCACUAUGCAUUGGGGCAGGUAGCGUUCUCCUGGCAUCCACCAAACCCAGAUUCGGCCGUCGGACUGCCAGAUGGUGAAGCGUGAUUCAUCACUCCAGAGAACGAGCUUUACACCACUCCAGCCGACGCUUGGCAUUGCGCAUGGUGAUCUUAGGCCUGUGUGUGGCUGCUCGGCCAUGGAAAAUCCUUUUCAUGAAGCUCCCGACGAACAGUUAUUGUGCUGAUGUUGCUUCCAGAAGCAGUUUGGAACUUAGUAGUGAGUGUUGUAGAGUUCAAUCUUGGGUUCAUCAGACCAGAGAAUCUUGUUUCUCAUGGUCUGAGAGUCUUUAGGUGCCUUUUGGCAAACUCCAAGCGGGCUGUCAUGUGCCUUUUACUGAGGAGUGACUUCCGUCUGGCCACUCUACCAUAAAGGCCUGAUUGGUGGAGUGCUGCAGAGAUGCUUGUCCUUCUGGAAGGUUCUCCCAUCUCCACAGAGGAACUCUGGAGCUCUGUCAGAGUGACCAUCGGGUCACCUCCCUGACCAAGGCCCUUCUCCCCCGAUUGCUCAGUUUGGCCGGGCAGCCAGCUCUAGGAAGAGUCUUGGUGGUUCCAAACUUCUUCCAUUUAAGAAUGAUGGAGGCCACUAUGUUCAAUGCUGCAGACAUGUUUUGGUACCCUUCCCCAGAUCUGUGCCUCGACACAAUCUUGUCUCGGAGCUCUACGGACAAUUCCUUCGACCUCAUGGCUUGAUUUUUGCUCUGACAUGCACUGUCAACUAUGGGACCUAUAUAGACAGGUGUUGUGCCUUUCCAAAUCAUGUCCAAUCAAUUGAAUUUACCACAGAUGGACUCCAAUCAAGUUUGUAGAAACAUCUCAAGGAUGAUCAAUGGAAACAGGAUGCACCUGAGCUCAACAUUCAAGUCUCAUAGCAAAAGCAUCUGAAUACUUACGUAAAUAAUGUAUGAGAGGGAGAAGAGAGGGGAGAGGAGGGGAGAGCCGAGAGAGGGGAGUAAUAGAGGGAGGAGGGGAAAAAGAGGGAGAGGAGAGAGGGGAGGGGGGAAGGGGGGGGAGUGGAGAGAGAGUGGAGGAGAGGGGGAGGAGAAGAGGGUAGUUUUUAAAGGAGGCGAAAAGGGGAAAGGGAGUUGAGGAGGAGGCGGAGGAGAGAGGAGAGGAAGAGAUGAGGGGAGAGGAGGAGAGUUAGGGGAAGGGGGAGGGGGGAAGGGUGGCAGGUUUUGGGGGGGGGGGAGGGGGGAAAGGGGGGGGGGGGGGGGCCCGGGGGGGAGUUUAGGGGGGAGGGCCCCCCUUUUUUUGGCCCGGGGCGGGGGGGGGGGUUGCAGGGGGGGGGGGGGGGGGGCGGCUUGGGGGGGGGUGGGGGAGGGGGGGGGGGGGGGAGAGGGGGUGGGGGGGAACGUUUUGGGGGGGAGGGGGGGGUGGGGGGGGGGGGGGGGGGGGGGGGGUGGGGGAAAGGGGGGAAAAGGGGGGGGGGGGGGGGGGGGAGGGGGGGGUGGGGGGGGGGGGGGGGGGGGGGGGGGGGGGGGGGGGGGGGGGGGGGGGGGGGGGGGGGGGGGGGGGGGGGGGGGGGGGGGGGGGGGGGGGGAGGGAAAGGGAGGGGGGGGGGGGGGGGGGGGGGGGGAGGGGGGGGGGGGGGGGCGGCCGGGGGGCGGGGGUUGGGGGGGGGCUCGAGGGGAGGGGGGGGGGAAACCCGGGGGGCGGGAAAGGGGGGCGGGGGGUUUUUGGGGGGGGGGGGGGGGCCCUUUUGGGGUUGGGGGGCAAGGGGGGGGGUUUGGGGGGGGGGGGGGGGUUUUUUUUUUGGGGGGGGGGGGUCGGGAAGGGGGGUUUUUGGGAAGGGGGGGGGGGGUGGGCCGGGGGGGGGGAGGGAGGGGCAGGGGGGGAAGGGAGGCGAGAGGGUUGAGGGGGGGAAGGUUGGAAAGGGGGGAAAAAUUUCCCCCAAGGUUGGGCCCGCGACACAGGGCCUCAUCGAGACUCGGGGUCUAAGAAAAUCCCUUUCUUUCCAUAAGGGUUUACACUGUCCAAGGAAACCAUAAACCCAUCUAAAGAUUCCAGUUAAACAAAAAGGGUAGCCAAACAAAGUAAAAAACCUGAAGGAAAAAACAUUGGAGGACAGAUCAUUAACGGUGGGGGUUUUGGCUGGGGUCAGCGUUGAAAGGGGGUCUCUCUGGCUGCACCCCCAAGCUGGGAACACCCCUUUUCGGCCCAGGUUAAAGAAAUUUAAUAAUACAUCGUUAUGGUACGAUGGGUUUUUAAAUUAGGCUAACACCCCAUUAGCCCCAAAAAAAGAAAGGACCCCCAUUUAAGUCAAUGAUGGCAUAAUGGGUGGACUGGCGGCCAUUGCGAUUGUACCCAUAGAAGCCAAAACAGAAGUUUACCCAUCAAUCUGUGCUGUGAUUUGUUGAAUCAACUCAAUUGACAUUAAAAAAAUUCCAUUCCAUUGCAUGAGCCACAUCAGUUAACAUAGAUAUGGUUAAGAGGUCAAUGGACCUCGACUGAAACAAUGGAAUUGCCAUGGAAACGGGUGGGGUAAAAGGUGCCAUGGAAACGGGUGGGGGAAAAGGCCGUGAGUCUCCUCAUUGCCCCCAGCAAAAUGAGUCUCCAUUUAUGCUAUGCUUACAUGUGUAUUUCCGGUAACACUUUACUUGACACAGUCAUAACCAUGUCAUAUCAUAACACAGUCAUAACCAUGUCAUAUAUCGUAACACUGUCAUGACCCAUAUAUGUACACCUGUUGUGACAUACACUAUAUACACAAAAGUAUGUGGACACCCCUUCAAUUUAGUGGAUUUUGAUAUUUCAGCCACACCCAUUGCUGACAGGUGUAUAAAAUCAAGCACACAGCCAUGCAAUCUCCAUAGACAAACAUUGGCAGUAGAAUGGCCUUACUGAAGAGCUCAGUGACUUUCAACGUGGCACCGUCAUAGGAUGCCACCUUUCCAACAAGUCAGUUUGUCAAAUUUCUGCCAUGCUAGAGCUGCCCCGGUCAACUGUAAGUGCUGUUAUUGUGAAGUGGAAACGUCUAGGAGCAACAACGGCUCAGCCGUGAAGUGGUAGGCCACACAAGCUCACAGAACGGGACCGCCGAGUGCUGAAGCACGUAGCGCGUAAAAAUAGUCUGUCCUCGGUUGCAGCACUCAUUACCGAGUUCCAAACUGCCUCUGGAAGCAAAACAAGAACUGUUGGUCGGGAGCUUCAUGAAAUGGGUUUCCAUGGCCAAGCGCCAGCUGGAGUGGUGUAAAGCUCGCCGCCAUUGGACUCUGGAGCAGUGGAAACGCGUUCUCUGGAGUGAUGAAUCACACUUCACCAUCUGGCAGUCUGGCGGACUAAUCUGGGUUUGGCGGAUGCCAGGAGAACGCUACCUGCCCCAAUGCAUAGUGCCAACUGUAAAGUUUGAUGGAGGAGGAAUAAUCGUCUGGGGCUGUUUUUCAUGGUUCGGGCUAGGCCCCUUAGUUCCAGUGAAGGGAAAUCUUAACGCUACAGCAUACAAUGACAUUCUAGAUGAUUCUGUGCUUCCAACAUUGUGGCAACAGUUUGGGGAAGGCCCUUUCCUGUUUCAGCAUGACAAUGCCCCCAUGCACAAAGCGAGGUCCAUACAGAAAUGGUUUGUCGAGAUCGGUGUGGAAGAACUUGACUGGCCUGCACAGAGCAGGUAGCUUAGUGGGUAAGAGCGUUGUGCCAGUAACCGAAAGGUUGCAGGUUCUAAUCCCUGAGCCGACUAGGUGAAAAAUCUGUCGAUGUGCCCUUGAGCAAGGCACUUAACCCUAAUUGCUUCUGUAAGUCGCUCUGGAUAAGAGCGUCUGCUAAAUGACUAAAAUGUAAAAUGUAAAUGUAACCCCAUCGAACACCUUUAGGAGGAAUUGGAACGUCCACUGUGAGCCAGGCCUAAUCGCCCAACAUAAGUGCCAGACCUCACUAAUGCUCUUGUGGCUGAAUGGAAGCAAGUCCCUGCAGCAAUGUUCCAACAUCUAGUGGAAAGCCUUCCCAGAAGAGUGGAGGCUGUUAUAGCAGCAAAGGGGGGACCAACUCCAUAUUAAAGCCCAUGAUUUUGGAAUGAGAUGUUCGACGAGCAGGUGUCCACAUACCUUUGGCCAUGUAGUGUAUUGCGUUAUUUUAUGGCUGGUUAUGACACCUACAUAACACCACCAAACCUACCACACAGGGCAAACCAUUCCAUUACACCAUAGCCUACUUGUCAACAGUAUGUUUACUUCAUAUUUUUUUAUUGACCAUAUUAAAAUGAUCAUUAUAAAUCACACAUUGAUGUCAGACAUGCACCGACCCCGAUGCUCUGUUGCUGAUGACUGGGAUGAAUGCAGGAGCAGAUUUCAGGAGCAGGACAAGACACCCUCUUUCUGACUGAUGACUGAUGUAAAGGCCUGUAGGUGAUAGACCUAUCUGGCUCAUAUGAUUAAGAUGGUCAUAAUGCUUCUUGACAGUGUCAUAGUGUCAUAUGGGAUUUACACUCUUAUGUAGGUGUCAUAACCAGCCGUAAAAUGAGGCAAUAUGUCACAGCAGGUGUCAUGACAGUGUUAUGACCCUAUUGUAACAGGUUAUGACGCUUGGUGUAAAGUAAAGUAUUAACUGUAUUUCACACUAUGUUGAGGUAAAAAUCAGAGUAUAACGCCUGUAUGGACGUCAACACCAACUCAUGUUCAUGUCAUCGUCACCAAUCAACAGCAUUACAGUUAAAAACUACUGGCUACCAUCAAUUAUGUGACAAGUGACUGUUAUCGAUAUAUAACAUAUCUUCUAAGAGUUUAAUUCGGGAGAUGGUAACUCAUUAAACAACUUAUUCCGUGGUGCCCCAAAUUCCUAAUGAGUUAAUUGUUAACUGAUUAAUUCAAUCAAGUGAUAAUUUAACAUAGUUCGGUGAUUCAAUAAAUAACAGUCAUACAUUAAAGUAAGUCACGUCACGACCGUGUGUACAGCCUGCGCCAAAAAACAAAGCAGAGCUAGCUCAUGCCUUUCAAGCAACUUUUUUAAAAUCAUCAUUAGUCGCAACAUGCAGCCUUACAAUGUAUUAAAAAUCAAAACAUGUAGAACAACUAAAGUUACAUGAAUAACUCUAAAUUAAGCAUAUAGGAGGACCUGUUUCUUUGUUAACCGCUCAACACAGAAUAGCCGCCUGUGCACAAUCCCUCAAAUCGUUUGGAGAAAAUAUCCUUUCUAUUUUAUUCAGCUUUGUUCAAUUCUAUUCUUCAUACUAUAAAAUAAUAUAAAAUAAUGCCAUGGAAUUCUAAGCUAAUCUUGUCUGCUAAAUGAACUAGUGUAGCCCACAGCCAUAUGGCAUGGCCAGAUCAGGGCCUAACAUAAGGACAACUCAGAGGAUGCUAUUCUGUUCUUCUGAAAUAGACUGCAUUUUCUUCAUAUCAUGUUUCUUUAGACCUGUCUAAAAUAAAUAAUGGAUUUAUUGUGAAGGUGUAGGCUAUAUUACAUGGAUUUAUUAGACUUUUUAAAAUGUAGAUGUUCCAAAGGUCUGCAUCAGUGGCUUGUAGGCUAUGUGUGGAAGCCAGGAGAUGCUAAAUGUGUUUGUUAAUUAACGGUAAAUUACCGUGAGACCGACAGUUAUUUGCUUGACAAUCACCGGCUGACGAAGUUUCGUGACCGCCACAGCCCUAGGUGUUACCAGUGAAAGGUGUGCUGACCGCCACAGCUCUAGGUGUGACCAGUGAAAGGUGUGCUGACCACCACAGCCCUAGGUGUGACCACCACAGCCCUAGGUGUGACCACCACAGCCCUAGGUGUGACCAGUGGAAAGGUGUGCUGACCUGUGUUCCAUGUAUGAGCUGAGAGGGUUCACGCAGGCUUGUGACCGCCCCGAUGGUGAAACAGGCCUGGACCACAGCGUUGGCGGGACAGCACCGCCCGGACCACGUCUAA